UGCCAUGGAACCUACAAGUGUCAGUGCUACCUACAAGACCCCCACCAGUAUCUCACUAGAGUGGACAUUUGCCAGGGCACCCAUCUAUGACUAUAGCUAUGUGGUCUACUAUGAGUCUGGAGGAGAGAGUCACAGUGUGUCCUUCACUGACAGUGGGAGAUCCAGAGACAAUAGUCAUCUACUGACUGGUCUUCCAGUUGGAGGGAUCCACACUAUCUCUCUAGUGGCUCUGGUAGACCUUCCCAGUCCUGUGGUUGGACCUGUCACUCCUGUGUCAGCAGAGUCUCCAGAGGUGGUGGUGUCAGGAGAAGGGUCAGGAGUGGUGGGGACCUCAUACACACUGACAUGUAGAGUCAGUCUACCCAGUGGAGUG